GAACUUUUUUUAAGUGCUCUCGUUGCAUUUUCGUGCUCGUGUUUUUUUGGAAGCAAAGUAACGUCGGCGAAGGAGCGCUGAACCUCUGCUGGAGUGUGACAGUCCAUGUCUUGUUUCACUGUGAGAAAGUCUUUCCACUUCUCAGCCACUGAAAACCACUGGACGGAGGGAGCUGCUGGACAUGGCAGCCUCGGAGCUUUACUGCAAGCAUGCCCGUGUAUGGCUGCCAGAUGCAGAGGAGGUGUGGAAGUCAGCAGAGCUUCUCAAAGAUUACACUCCUGGAGACCACCAGCUGCUUGUGCAACACGAAGAUGGCACGACGGUGGAGUACAAAAUGGACCCUUCCACGAACGACCUUCCUCCGCUCCGGAACCCCAACAUCCUGGUGGGGGAGAACGACUUGACGACCCUGAGCUACCUGCACGAGCCUGCCGUUCUGCACAACAUCCGAGUUCGCUUCAUCGACUCCAAGUUGAUUUACACUUACUGUGGAAUAGUUCUUGUGGCUGUGAAUCCUUAUGAGAACCUCCCCAUCUAUGAAGCCGACAUCAUCAGCGCCUACCGAGACCAGAACAUGGGCGACUUGGACCCUCAUAUAUUUGCUGUUGCUGAGGAGGCCUACAAACAGAUGUCCAGAGAUCGACAGAACCAGUCCAUAAUAGUCAGUGGUGAGUCUGGAGCUGGGAAAACAGUCUCAGCCAAAUACGCAAUGCGUUACUUUGCCAUGGUCAGCGGCUCAUCGGAGGAGGCCUGUGUGGAGCAGAAGGUUCUGGCGUCAAGUCCCAUCAUGGAGGCGCUGGGCAAUGCCAAGACAACCAGGAACGACAACAGCAGUCGAUUUGGGAAGUACAUUGAAAUUGGGUUCGAUAAGAAGCAGCACAUCACUGGAGCUAACAUGAGAACGUAUUUACUGGAAAAAUCCAGAGUUGUGUUCCAGACAGAGGGGGAGAGAAACUAUCACAUCUUCUAUCAGCUGUGUGCCUCUUCAGCGUUACCAGAGUUUAAAUCCUUCAAAUUAGGUUGCGCUGAAGACUUCCUCUACACGAACCAGGGUCAGAGCUCGGUCAUUGAUGGCGUGGAUGAUGCCGAAGAGAUGCGCAACACCAGGGCGGCUUUUGAACUGCUCGGAAUUGGCGACCGUGAUCAGAUGGCAAUGUACCAGAUCCUGGCAGCUCUUCUUCAUCUCAGCAACGUAGAUGUGAAGGAGCACAGCGCCGACAGCAGCCACAUCUUGCCUGACUGUCCACACUUGAAGGUGUUUUGUGACUUGAUUGGCGUGUCCUUUGAAGACAUGGCUCACUGGUUAUGCCACAGGAAGCUCCAAACCACGACUGAAACAUUUGUCAAGAAGGUCUCCAAAGUUCAUGCAGUUAAUGGACGCGACGCUUUGGCCAAACACAUUUAUGCUCAGCUGUUCUCUUGGAUUGUGGACACCAUUAACAAAGCGCUGAAGUGCGCAGGGGAGCAGCACUCGUUCAUCGGGGUGCUGGACAUUUACGGGUUUGAGACGUUUGAAGUGAACAGUUUUGAGCAGUUUUGUAUCAACUAUGCCAAUGAGAAGCUUCAGCAACAGUUCAAUCAGUACGUCUUUAAACUGGAACAAGAGGAAUACAUGAAAGAGCAAAUACCCUGGACUUUGAUUGACUACUAUGAUAACCAGCCGUGCAUUGAUCUCAUCGAGGCCAAGAUGGGGGUCCUGGACCUUCUGGACGAGGAGUGCAAAAUGCCCAAAGGUUCUGAUGACACAUGGGCCCAGAAACUUUACAACACCCAUCUGAAGCAAAAAGCCCUGUUUGAUAAACCAAGGUUAUCUAACAGGGCUUUUAUUAUUUUCCACUUUGCUGACAAGGUGGAGUACCAGUGUGUGGGUUUCCUGGAGAAAAACAAGGACACAGUUAAUGAGGAGCAAAUAAAUGUACUGAAAAAAGGCAAGUUUGAAUUCCUGCUGAAACUGUGUGAUGAUGCUGAGAAGCCCAUGCGACCCUCAGGGAGGAUCAAAAAGGACACUAAAAAGACAGUUGGACUGCAGUUUCGACAGUCGCUGAAGCUGCUGAUGGAAACACUCAACGCCACCACUCCUCACUAUGUCCGCUGCAUCAAACCAAAUGACCUGAAAACACCCUUUUAUUUGGACCCGGUCAGAACAGUGCAGCAGCUGCGAGCGUGUGGAAUCCUGGAAACCAUCCGGAUCUCAGCGGCCGGCUUCCCGUCCAGGUGGACCUAUCAGGAAUUCUAUAGCCGUUACAGGGUUCUCCUGAGACGUAAGGAUGUGCUGUCUGACAAAAAACAGACGUGCAGGAAGCUCUUGGAGAAACUCAUUCAUGACAGAGACCAAUAUCAGUUUGGCAAUAGUAAGAUAUUUUUCAGGGCGGGUCAAGUGGCUUACCUUGAGAAGCUGCAUUCUGACAAGCUGCGCACGGCUUGUGUCCGCAUCCAGAAAACAAUCCGCUGCUGGCUGGCGCGCAAGAAGUUCUUGAAAUUAAAAGCUUCUGCCAUCACAAUCCAGAGACAUGUGCGAGGUCACCAAGCGCGGUGCUACGUCAGGCUUCUGCGAAGGACGAGGGCCGCUGUGGUUAUUCAAUGCAACAUGCGUAUGUGGGCCAGCAGGAGGCAGUACCAGAAACAAAGAACUGCUGCUGUCAUCAUCCAGUGCUUCUGGAGGUCACAGAAGGCCAGAAAGCAGUACUACAAGAUGAUGUAUGAGCACAAAGCUGUGAUCAUGCAGAAGUGGGUGAGAGGCUGGUUAGCCAGGGUGAGGUUCAGACGUCGCCUGGACGCCAUCAUCCUGCUGCAGAGCUGUGUGCGGCGAAUGAUAGCCAAGAGGGAGCUGAAGAAGCUGAAGGUGGAGGCUCGCUCUGUGGAGCACUUUAAAAAGCUCAACGUGGGCAUGGAGAACAAGAUCAUGCAGCUACAACACAAGAUCAACGAGCAGCAAAAAGAAAACAGAGAGCUCAAUGAGAGGCUGGAUGCUGUGGGAAGGACCAUCGCCACAGAGAAAGAAAGACUCGGCAGAGAGAUAGAAAACUUACAGAGAGCAGAGCAGGAGGCCCGAGUGAAGGCGGAAAGGCUUCCCUCUCUUCUGGACCAGCUCUCUGUCCUUCAGGAGGAGCUGGGUUACAUUCGCAAAGAGAGAGAUGAACUGGAACAUCAAGUCAAGGUGUACAAGGAGCGAACGAACAAGACAGUGGAGGAAUUAAACAUGAAGAACAGCCUUCUGAACAGUGAGAAAAAUGAACUGAACAAGCUGAUCCAGCAACAGUCGCAGCAGCUAACAGAGAUUGGAUCCAACACGGAUGUGAAACAGCUGAAGAAAGAACUGAGUGAAGAACGCUCCAACUACCAGAACCUGCUCAGUGUCCACCUGCAACUGGAAGAGCUUCACAAAGACCUGAAGCAGGAAAUGGACCUGGACAUUUUUAGUCAGAAGAAGUCAGACUCCAACUACAGCAGCAACUCAUCGGAGCUAAGCCAAAGCUUAGAAUCGACAGACGAUGAGGAAAACGCCAUGCACAAGGAUGACUCAGUGGACCUGCCUGUUCUCCUGAAGCUCCAGAGAAAAGUGUCAGAACUGGAGAGGGACAAACACAUGUUGCUGCAGCAGCUGGAGAGGAGAGAGGAGGCGCAACAAAAGAGUGUCAAAGACCUGACCGAGCAGAAAAAUGCUGGCAGAGCAGAACUUGACCUGGAAACUCUCAAGCGGCAAGAGCUGGAGUCUGAGAACAGGAAGUUGAAGCAGGACCUGAGUGAGCUGCGGAAGUCUCUGACCAUUGAGAACGCAGACACAAUGCCUCCUGCUCCCGGCACUCAGACCUACAACACUCUUCUAGAACAGCUCAACUCCUCCACUGAGGAGCUGGAGAUGCGGAAAGAAGAAGUUCUUCUCCUUCGUUCACACAUGGUUCGCCAAGAGGCUCUCAAACACAAGGACUCGGUGCUGGCAGAGGGAGUGAAUCUGGAUCUUGGUGAAGGACCUUCAUUCCAAGAUGUUGACAAGUCCACAGAGAUCAAAACCCUGAAUGAAGAUGGAGAGUUGUGGUUGGCCUAUGAGGGGCUGAAAGAGACAAACAGGCUGCUGGAGUGUCAGUUGAAGAAACAAGAAAGCCUGUUCGAUGAAAAGUACAAGAAGCUUCGGGAGGAGCUGAAAAAGAUGAAGGAGGAGAAGCAGCAGCAGGAGAAGCUACUGGAUCAAACCCUCCAGCUGCCUGAGGAUGCUCGUGUGGAGGCGUGUCUGAAGUUUGAGAUAACACGACUGGCUCGUGAGAAUCUGGAGCUUGUGGAGAAACAGGAGAAGCAAGACAGAAACAUGCGGAAGUUAAAGAAGCAGCUUAAAGUAUACAUGAAAAGAAUCGAACAAUAUGAAGGUAGAUGCCAUUUAUGUUACCUGCAUUUACUGGACUGUUCUGAUUCCUGGUGUCUGCUUGCAGAGACAGCUCAUCAGAACAACGACUUGACCUUGAACCCCGCCCUGAGAAUGGUCAACAUCACUCGCAAGGAGAAGGAAUACCAGGGAAUGUUAGAAUACAAAAUAGGAGACGUCACUCGGCUGGUUAAAAAUCUGGUCAUGGACCUGAGGGCCCGCGGUGUAGCCGUCAGCUUGAUUCCAGGACUUCCUGCCUACAUCUUCUUCAUGUGCCUUCGUUUCGCCGACAGCAUCAAUGACGACCGGAGAGUCAGCACUCUACUCAACUCCAUCAUCAGCGGCAUCAAGGGCGUCAUUAAGAGGAGGGGAGAUGAUUUUGAGGUGGUCUCUUUCUGGCUGGCUAACUCGUGUCGGCUGCUCAACUGUCUAAAGCAGUACAGCGGAGACGAGAGCUACAUGCAGCACAACACCAACAAACAGAAUGAGCACUGCCUGUCAAACUUCGAACUCUCCGACUAUCAGAGACUUUUUGGAGAUCUGAGCAUCCAGAUUUACCGUCAGCUCAUCAAGUGUAUGGAGAACAUCCUGCAUCCUCUAAUAGUUGCGGGUUUGCUGGAGAACGAAAAUAUCCAGGGGGUUUUGGGCUCCAAACCAACAGGCUUGAGAAAGAGGAGCCCGAGUCUCCCGGAGGAUGAUGGGGUGACCAUCGAAGUCCUUCUCAAGCAGCUGAGCGUCUUCUACAACACCAUGAGGCAGCAUGGCAUGGACCUGGAGCUCAUCCAACAAGUGGUCAAGCAGCAGUUUUACAUCAUCUGUGCGGUCACGCUCAACCACCUGCUGCUGAGGAAGGACAUGUGCUCCUGGAGUAAAGGCCUGCAGAUCAGGUACAGUGUGUGGCAGUUGGAGGAAUGGCUGACAGAGAGGGAGCUGGCCGACGGAGGGGCCAAGGCCAUGCUGGAGCCGCUGGUUCAGGCUGCGCAGCUUCUGCAGAUCAAAAAGAAAACGGAGGCGGACGCACAAGCUAUAUGCAACAUGUGCACCCAUCUCAACACAGCCCAGAUUGUCAAAGUGUUGACCCUGUACACACCAGUCAUCGAGUUUGAAGAACGAGUGACGACCACCUUCAUUUCCACCAUCAAAGACCUGCUGAAAGACAGAGACGAGUCGGCCACCAUGAUGAUGGAUGCCAAGAAAAUCUUCUUUGUCACACUUCCCUUCUCACCCUCCUCUGUGGCUCUGGAGAGCAUACAAAUACCCGCGAGUCUGAAUCUGGACUUCCUCACUCGCAUCUAGAUGAGUGUUUGUCCUGAAUUUGUCGGUGGACUUUGCCACUCUGAACUGCUGCAUGUGAUGCUGCUGUGUCGUAAAUGCCAAUGUUGCCGAACUAUGUUUCUGUUUCAUCUCCUUCUGUCCGAGGCUUCUGCUCAUAGGAGCAUAGUAAAGUAGAUGAUUCGAAUGAGGUAUUAAAAUGGAUCUGUCUGGUUGUGAAAGAAUGCACAGCUGAAUACUUGUCUGUUAAAGUUGAACUAUUUUGAUGCGUCACUUACCAGUUUAAACAGUGUUUGUUGCUUCCUGGGUCAAAAUUGUCUCCAAGGUUGUGAUGUAUAGAAGUGGUGUAGUGUUUUUGUUUAACUUAAGUGGGAGGAGUGUUUGUCUUACUACGUAUACAAGGCUUUAUUGAUGAGAAAAAAUGGAGGCUGUAUAUAUGUUUAUGGAGUUGUGUUUGAGUUUUGAAUAAAUGCUGCAUUUCAUGUUUGGUGAAACUAGUGUUUACUGUUCGACACUUUUAAAUGUCUGAAAGAAACAUUACUAAAAAGAAUGCAUCAGCCCUGCUGCCAAAAGUGUCCUAUUACUUUUUUUGUCUUAUUGUUAUUGUUAGUAUGAGAAUUUUGUAUAUCUAUGUAUAUGUUUUACAUCUUAAGUUACUGAUGUUA